UUACUCAUUCAUCUUCUUUCUCAUAGUCCAUCAUUUGUGAUAUUAGUUCUAACAAUGUUAUCACUAGUACUUCUCCUUGCUCUAUGCUUAAUUCUUCCUCUCCUAAUCUUCUUCCACAAACACAAAACCACUAAACAUUUUCCACCUGGUCCUAAAGGCCUUCCCAUAAUAGGAAAUCUUCACCAACUAGACCUCCUUAAUAUUAGUGUUCAACUUGCAGACUUUUCAAAAAUAUAUGGUCCUAUAUUUUCACUUAAACUUGGUUCAAGACAAGCUAUUGUAGUUUCUUCAUCUGAAAUUGCCAAAGAAAUUUUUAAAAAAAAUGACCAUACGUUUUCUGACAGACCUCAAUUAUAUAGCCAACAAAAAUUAUCUUAUAACGGAUCAGAAGUUUUAUUUUCACAAUACAAUGAAUCUUGGAGAGAUAUAAGAAAAAUUUGUGUUAUUCAUAUUUUUAGUUCCAUACGUGUAGCAUAUUAUUCUUCCAUAAGAAACUUUGAGGUGAGGAAACUGAUUAAAAAAAUAUCAGAAAAUGCUAAUUCUUCAAGUGUUACAAAUAUGAGUGAGGUAUUGAUAUCUCUUGCAAGUUCUCUAAUAUGUAACAUUGCUUUUGGAAAAACCUUUGAAAAUGAAGGACCUGAGAGUAGUAGUAGGUUUCCUGAAAUGUUGCAUGAGUUUCAAGCUUUGCUAGCAGAAACUUUUGUUGCUGAUUAUAUUCCAUUUACGGGUUGGAUUGAUAAAGCGAGAGGAUUGCAUGGUCGUCUUGAUAAAAUUUACAAGGAGUUUGAUAAGUUUUAUCAAGAGAUUAUUGAUGAACAUUUGGAUCCAAAUAGAGAACAUGGAGAUGAAGAGGUUAUUGUUGAUGUUUUAUUGCGAUUGAAGAAAGAACGUUCUCUUCCUUUUGAUAUCACUUUUGAUCUCAUCAAAGGAGUCCUCAUGGAUAUGCUUGUAGCUGCAACAGAUACCUCAUCAGCCACAUUAAUUUGGUUUAUGCUUGCGCUAAUAAAAAACCCAAGAGUAAUGAAAAAGGUACAAGAAGAAAUUAGGAGUGUGGGAAGAAAAAAAGAUUUUAUUAAUGAAGAUGAUAUUAAAAAUUUUCCUUAUUUAAAAGCAGCGAUUAAAGAAACAUUAAGAAUGAAUCUACCAUCUCCAUUGCUUGUGCAAAGAGAAGCACGUGAAAAGUGUACUUUAAGUGGAUACGAAAUUCCAGCCAAGACAAUAUUGUAUGUGAAUGCUUGGGCUAUUCAGAGAGACCCUAAUUUUUGGAAAAAUCCUGACGAAUUUUAUCCCGAGAGAUUCCUAGAAAGUUCUUUAGAAAGUUCUAUAAAUUUUACUGGACAAGAUUUUGAACUAAUACCUUUUGGAGCUGGUCGUAGAAUUUGUCCUGGUAUAACCAUGGGAGUUGCUUUCUUGGAACUUGUUCUUGCUAAUCUUCUCUAUUCAUUUGAUUGGGGAUUGCCAGAUGGGUUAAAAAAGGAAGAUAUUGAUUAUGAAAUGUUGCCAGGGAUCACUCAACACAAGAAGAAUCCUCUUUGUCUUGUUGCUAAAAUUCCUAUGUAAUGCAUCUCUUUAGAGUAACUUUGUUUGUUUAUCGUUUAAUAUGUUAUGUUUAUUGGGUUUUUUGUAUUGUGUUUUGUUGGUUUAUCGUUUAAUAGGUUAUGUUUAUUGGGAUUUUUGUAUUGUGUUAUCUUUAAAUUUUUAAAUAAAAGCAUUAUUUAGUUUUUAUGCUUCAA